AUGAAGUAUCAAAAACCUUCUCUAUCACGGUCCUCAUUUCCAAAUCCUUCUCGACCAGCAAUUUUACAAGGCUAUAAAUCGCUUCCCAAACUUGAAAAACUUAUGCUGUCGCCUCAUUAUUCAGAACCGCCUGAAACCCCAAAUCAUCACGCUGUUACAUCUCGAAGAAUGCCAAGAAGUGGCAGCGAAACUCCUAUUUUUGAUAGACUGCCUCCUAUUCAGCCUAGCUAUUCUUCUACCAAUUUGAAAAUAAACCAAUAUGACUCUAUCCCAAAUUUAUAUCCUGCAAAAUUUUCAGACAAAAGAUGUGGGAACGUCAGAUUAUAUGCUGUAAACACGCAUGAAGGAUUGAUAAGAAAAUAUAAUGAAGACCGGGUUUCAAUCGUUAUAAAUAUUCGUAGUCCGCCAGAAAGGGCAAAUGAGCCUUGACCAAAAUGCUCGUUUUAUGGAAUCUAUGAUGGACAUGGAGGAUGCAGAUGUGCGGAUUUUUUGAAAGAUAAUUUGCAUAAUUUUGUAAUAAGAGAUCCGCAUUUCCCAAAGAACCCAACUGAAGCACUUAUUAAUGGAUUUAAGACGGCAGAAAGAGAAUUUUUGCAUUUAGCUCAGCAAAAUAAUGAUAAAUCAGGAUCAUGUGCAACAGUUUGUUUGGUAGUCAAUACGAAAUGCUUUGUGGCGAAUGUUGGAGAUUCUAGAUCAGUUCUCAGCUCAGAAAGAGGCUUGAAAAUUUAUCCUUUGACAGAAGAUCAUAAACCUGGAGAAGAGCCGGAGCGGUCAAGAAUUUUAAAUUCAGGAGGAAAAAUAUAUACGAGUGCGUCAAUCCCUUCAAAUAGUGCAAAGCAAGGGCUUCAACAUGUAUAUAGAAUUUUACCUGGACGACUUUCAGUUUCCAGGAGUUUUGGUGACAUUGAAGCUAAAGAUGAGCAUUUAGGGGGAAACCCGAAAUGCCUGAUUGCUGAUCCUGAUAUAAAAGCAUUUAAAAUCCAAGACGAGCACGAUUUUAUCGCAAUGGGAUGUGAUGGGAUUUUUGAUAGAAUGACCAACAAAGAAAUGGUAGAAUGCAUUUGAAACUCAGUAACAGAAAAUUUUUUGGUUCCUUAUCCUAAUAAAUGUGCUGAAGCUGUUAAUGAUGUUAUAAGAUCAGCAUUGAGACGAAGGAGCAUGGACAACUUGACACUAAUCUUAAUAGGCCUCAAAGGGCUCAAAAAACACGCGAAACAGGCAAGAAAAACUGUUUCUUUAGUAUAG